AACAUACUACAUAAUGAGAUGCAUUAACAUUUAUCACACUCCCAGGAAGGCUGUCCCACAGCUUUACUUUGUAUAUUAUAAGAGACCUCUGACACUAGACGGUGUGACACUACAAGAGAAAGUAAAUGCUGUCUUCUGCAAAAUGACUGGCACCCACUUUUCUACUCUGUUAAAGUAUAGUAUAUAAAAGAUGGACCCAUUGGGUAUCUUAAAACAAUGCUCAAAAUCAUAAUUACCCUUGUCAAGAAAAGGGAAACGACCACUUUGCUCCAUUUUGUUUAGGUAAUCGUGAUCUGCAAAGGUCCUGGGAGGAUCUAGGUGUUUAAACAGGAGACAAGUAUUCUAGCAAUGAACAACAAUAAAAGAUCUAAAGCAUGUGGCACUAUUGCUAUCAUCACAAGUGUGGGGUCUACAUUAAAGGACAUUUCAUUUGCAUAUUGCGUAUCCAAAAUUUGAUAUUCAAUUUAUGAGUGGUUAUUCUUUCUCUUCUAAGAUAAGGUUUGUGUAUUAAGACUAUUGCAGAUACUUUAAAAAGGUUUAUUAGGUAUAAAACUAAUGGCCAUGGGCUUAGCCAUGUUUGUUGCAAACGUUGUAACAGAAUUUUCUUUUAAAAGCACCUCUGUUGAUGAACUAUUGGUGUAUCACAUGAAGGUUGACAUAGGAUGAAAAUUGAAAAAAUCCCUUGCAGAUCUUGAAGUUGCCCUUAUAUCCUCAUCAUGAAACAUAUGUAACAAUUGUAGAAAAGUGUAAAGAAUAAUUCUUGUUGUAUAAUCCUCAUUUCAGACUACAAGAGUUAUUGAUAUGUAGACUUUGGAAUGGACAGUAUACUGCCAGAACAAGACAUAAUUUUAAAUAAAGCAAUUUCAAAACUAUAAUGAUAAACUUUAAAGCUGCAAAGCCAUAUGUGUAUUAAAUUUUUAUGCAUAAAAAAUAAACAGACAAUACACAGAUCAAUUAUGUUUCCAGAUCCCAAAGUUGAAGGGUAUGAUUUUGAUCAGUUAGAAGUUUGCAAGUACAGUAAUGUAUAAUUUUUUUGUAAUUUCAAAGGAUUUAGUGCUGUAUGUAGCUAACAAAAAGUUAAGGAUAGAAAAACCAUUUUAUAGACUUCAGUGUUCCUCAGUCUCCUUAAAAAUACCUGUAGCAACUUGAUAAGAUAAUUUUUGAGAUAAAACCAGAGUAGCAGUCACUAUAAUGAGUUUAUUCCCUGGAGCUAAAUUUGGUCAGAAGACCAGACUACAAGAAUGGUCAAAGUUUGACAUCCAAAGAUGAAAAUGUCAUUGAUAUAACUAAAUUGCAACACAAUUUACUUAGAGAUACCCUUUUGAAAGGCCAUGGAAAGAUUUAUAAAAUCAGUAAUGAUUUCUCAAGAACCUUACACUUGAAGUGAACCAGGAUUUCACCUUUGAAAAUGGCAGAGUUUUAUAGUUUUAGAAUUUGAUAUAAUCACAGGUCCAUGCCAUUGCUGUCUAAAACAAUGGGCCAACUAAAUUCACUGAAUCAUCAUUAUUUAGUUAGGUCAUUUCCCAGAUAACUGUGGUGUUUUAUUUGCUUAUACCAUUCAUUAUUUCCAAUGGUAAGUUUUACCCAGCCCUGUCUGUUUAAACAUUCUUAUCUACAUGAUGGCACUUUUUUCCAAGAGUAUUCAGGAACAGACAUUUUACUUUUAAACUCAUAUUUUUAUAUUGUUGAAUUGCAUGUAAACGCAAUAAAUAAAAGUGUAUGAAAGUCUUCCUGGGAAUGUGUUGCUUUUGUGAUGAAUCUUAGAGAUUCCAUGUACGUAAUAUGAAACACUUAUGUGGGAAUAUGAAACACUUAUGUGGGAAUAUGAAACACUUAUGUGGGAAUAUGAAACACUUAUGUGGGAAUAUGAAACACUUAUGUGGGAAUAUGAAACACUUAUGUGGGAAUAUGAAACACUUAUGUGGGAAGGAACACAUCUUACUGUUUUUGUGUUUUGUAGAGAUUCAAGUAUAGGUUAUGAAUGUAAAUGUAGUCCAAUAGUAUUGUAUUAUGUUGUAUUUUAAAUAAAAUUUUGAUUUAGUGGGCUGUCAACUUGCAGGAGGUGUAUUUGGGAAGUUUGCAGUGGUCUUCAUUUAUGGUGUUCAUAAGUUUUUAAAAGUAACCAAAAUUCCAUCUUCAAAUUUUUAUGACUUUACAACAUGAAAAAGAAUUUGCUUGUUACUUUUGUCAGUCAGGGUUUCUUUAGAAAAUGAGCUUUUGGAAGUAACAAUGAAAUUGUCUUUGUAGCAAAGUCGUGGACGGCAACCAGGUACAUCUGGUCGGUUACAUAGAACACAGAGUGGCGACUGGGUCUGGUCCAGUGAUGAAGAAGGAGACAAGGAUGAAGAUGGAGAUCAGGCUUCAACUAGCAGUUUAGAAAGUGGGUCUGACAAGCCUACUACAGAGCCUCAGCCUGAUUCCAAUCAGUCAUCACAGCCUCGAGACAAACAGCAUCCCCCUUCAAAUGAAGUUCCCCAACCUCAACCUCAACCCACACAACAAACUCCAACCCAUCCAAGUCCAAUGGUACCUACCCAGACACAGCAGCAUCAGCAGCAACAGCAGCAACAACAGCAGCAGCAGCAGCAGCAGCAGCAGCAGCAGCAACAGCAGCAGCAGCAGCAGCAGCAGCAACAGCAGCAGCCAGCAACAGCUCCUUUAAUACAACCAGUUCCUCCCCACCAACAAAUGCAGCACUCAGUAUCAGCCGCAAAUGGUAGCGCAGUAUCCCCAGGAUCCAUAGCACAACAAGGCUAUCCUCCACAGUAUCAGCCACAAGUCAUGACACCCCAGGUACCAGUUACAACAACAGCCUAUGGCCUCCCCAUCCAUCACAGGGUCAGCCAGUACCUCCUCAACAAUUCCAAAUAUGUUGUCCAUGACAGGCAUCGUACACCUUUAAUGGCAGCACACCAGUUGCACAAGGAGUCCCUACAAGCUUACCUAUUAGGUACUGCAAUGCCCCAAGGUGUACAGCAGGUCUUACCACAGGGUAUGCCUCAAAUUGUUCCCAUAGCAAGUGUACCUCAGGUAAUUGGUGUACCUGAAGGAACCGGGGGAUAUAUUGCCCCUCCCGUCCAGCAACAGGUUUCUGUUGAGGGUGAUCCUAUUAACUUGGUGCUAAGAGUAAGGAACCAGAAGAGAGAACUCAAUGAUAUAAGAUUUGAGUUCACGGUAGGGAGAGAUACCUCAGAAGGUGUAGCAUCUGAGCUAGUUGCAGCUGGUUUAGUUGAUGGCAGAGAUUUGAUUGUUAUUGCCGCCAAUUUAGAUAAAAUAACUCAGCACCCAGAAUUGGGUCAAAAUCUAACAUUUAGACUGGAGUAA